AUGGGUGUCGGGAUGAUUUUCCUGCCGAGGCAUGACCGGGAUGCACAGGCACGCGGGCGCGCAAUCGUUGAAGAGAUAUUACAGCAGUACGGUGUUCCCCUCCUUGGAUGGCGUUCGGUCCCUCAUGAUUUUUCCGCUCUCGGUGCUAAGGCACUGGAAACGCUGCCGGAAAUCCAGCAGGUAUUGGUGGGACGUCCAGAGCAAUUCGCCGAUGACGCUUUUGAACAACGCUUGUAUCUGAUAUGUAAAGAGUUAGAGCAUCGCGUUACAGCGGCAGCACUCGACGGAUUCCAUAUCGCCUCUUUUUCACAUCGGACGAUUGUCUAUAAAGGAUUGCUGGUAGCACUCCAGCUUACCCAGUUUUAUCCGGAUUUAAAAGACCCUGAUUUUCAGGCAGCACUUGCCGUUUUCCAUCAACGCUACAGUACGAAUACCUCGUCCACAUGGAUGCUCGCCCAACCUUUUCAUACGCUGGCGCAUAAUGGCGAAAUCAACACCUUGAUGGGCAAUCGGAACUGGAUGCGGGCGCGCGAAGCCGACUUGCAGUCGCCUCUCUGGAACGAACACAUCCGAAAACUCGUUCCGAUUAUCAAUCCACAUGGAAGCGAUUCGAUGAGCUUGGAUAACGUGUUAGAAUUGUUAACACACUCUGGUCGCGAUAUUCUACAUGCCAUGAUGUGUCUGAUCCCCGAAGCCUAUGAGCAGAUUUUCGAUAUGCCGGACGAGUUGAAAGCCUGUUACGAGUAUCUUUCAUGUGUCAGCGAACCUUGGGAUGGACCGGCGGCGGUCGCGUUUACAGAUGGCGUUAUCGUCGGUGCAAAUUUGGAUAGAAACGGGCUACGACCUGCACGCUAUAAGGUCACCGAAGACGGGACGGUUGUCAUGGGCUCCGAAGUUGGCAUUCUUGAACUUGAUGACAGUCGCGUCGUGGAAAGGGACGUUUGGGGCCUGGGCAAAUGA